UCUAAACUCCUCAACUGAAUAAUUAUCCAUAUGUGAGCCGUAAAAAAUAUUGGAACUUGUACUGCAGGUUUCCUACUAAAUAUUGAAUCAAGGACCGAUUUCAUAAUUUUGAAAUAUUAUAUUCUCCAUUUAAAAAGGAUUAAGAAUGAAUGCUCUCGAUAACCCUGUGGUGUUGGACGCCAUAUUUUUCAAGCUUGACAUCCCCACUGUCAAAGAGGUUCGUCUCGUGUGCCGCACGUGGAGCGAUGUUGGAGCGUCUCAUCUCGGACAUCGAACGAUUCUCAAUCUUGCACGUGGCUUUCCAGAAGAGCCGUACGUCUUCAACCCCAAGCUGGCUCGUCGGCUGGAGCUAAUUUACCCAAAACCGAUGACACCCAUCCCCCUCAGCAUGAAAGCCCCUCGCCCACCUGUCGAACUUCCCCUUCCCCCACCGCGUUACGAAGAUUUUCCCAAGCUGGCCGCCUACACCCAUAAUUUCACUACGGAGGUCACUUUCGUUAUGACGAAGGAAUUUUACCCCCACUUCGUACAAGCAUUCUUAACCAAUGAGUUUCCCGUUUUGCAUUCUAUCAUUCUGCACGAGCCGGUUGUCACUGGUUACGAAACUCCUCCUGUCACUUUUCCUAAGCGAGAAUCCAUCCAACGUAUUGAGUAUGUCGCCUGCCACCCCCGCCCAAAGGACGCCACAGCCUUAUUCCCGUUGCAUCCCUUAAUCCAGGGACUUAUCGACGCUGCCCCGUCCUUACAAAAAUUGUCAAUCUCCGACAAUUUCUAUCCAUCCUUGGUAACCUGCAAGAAACUCAGGGCCCUCACCUUUGUGGGGUGUCCUGUCCAUGAAAAACCGGAAAAUUCGUCAAUCCCCCUUCCCGAUGCUACCUUCAGUUUGCCCUCCGUAACCGAAAUGGUAACCCAAGUAGCGGACACGCUUGAACAGCUUACCCUCGCCUGCAUACCGUCUGACCUCACGUCCUUCAACGGCUGGCUGAAGAUGCUAGAGGACAGGCCAAUAUUUGAAUUUCAACUUCCCGCCAUGCCUCGGCUGACUCGUAUGCAUGUCGUGGGGGUCGAGGUGUACACCCAGCUUGGAAAAUGCCUGUAUCAGAGAAGGUUCCCCAAUUUGAAGCAUAUCGAGCUACGUGAGCUGGUCCUUUGGAGAAGGUCACGUGUCCAGGCACCCCAAGCGUUCAGGAUGGAACCCUUCCUCCACGGAAUUCAGCCACAUUCCGGCCUGGAAAGCCUGAACAUUCACAUCAUCACGAAUUACGAGCCGAUCGUGAUGCGGCGACUAGCCCGGAUUUGGCCAAACGUUACCAAGCUCAAGUACGAAAUGGGUGCGCAAGCCAUGGAGGUGGAGAAAGUCGAUUGCUUAAACAACUGGAGACUGACACAUUUGGACGUUAUCGUAACGCUGAGUAGACAUGUGAUUAAUAUCAUUGAUUCGUUAACGAGCUUGACGACAUUUUCAGGGAUUAAAACAGUUGAAGUGAAAGAUGCUUGUAUGGAUGCACCUUUGUUGCAAUAUUCAAUAAGCAAGUGGGACAUUCUUUUGGUGUCGUUGGGCUAUAAGUCGCUGACUUUCCGGGAUUGUUCGACCGACGCACAAAAUCUGGAAAAGAUUAUGGAGCUCAGGAAAGAGUUUAAGCUCCCCAUUCGCUUUAAGCACUGCCAUUGUUCGACUUACUUUGAUGCAUGAUUUAGUGUUGAGAUAAAUGCAUUGGAAUUUCAUUCAAUUUAGAAUCGGUUAUCAGUUCAAUUUUUCAUUUCUGUUAAAAUUUACUAGUUGUAGUCGCUGAGUAAAUGUUGCAUAUAGAGAAUUAUUUUACAAAUUUCACUGUUCUUGAGAAUCUUAAGGUGAGAUACCUACUUCAAUUUUAACAUGACUCACAAAAUCGUAUCACUGGAUUUUUUCUAGAGCAGAAGGAAGUACAUAAAUAAGUAUGAACAUCAGAUUAUGCACACAAGUAGUUAAAAUAUCGAAUGAGUUUGAAAAAAAAUUGGAAAAUUGCGAAAUGUUUAACGAGUUUUAUCCAUGUAAAUACAUAUUGUUUUUGAGUAAAAAAUACCCUCGUUUUCUAUCAAAUUUAUCUGUUCAUAAAUUAACGUUUAUUCAUUUGCAAUAAAAUAUGUUGGACAAUACAAA